AUGGGACGACGAGAUACCUACUCUGAACCUCCUCGAGGCCACCGACAAUCUCGUCGACAACAACCCGAGGCUCGUCGUGAACACAAGCAGUUCCAAAAAGAGAGAGGCUUUGACUGGACACCAGGCCUUGUCCUCGCCCUCAUAGGCGCUGUCACCUUUCUGAGCAAAGACUUUGAGAAGUACAAGCAGAGGCACGAAUGGCGCAAUGAAGAGUCCCAGGACAACGGAAGCAGAGAUGAUGGCAGAGGAAGGAGGAGGUAUCGAUCAAGCAGUCGACGUCCAGACUACUACGAGGAUGAUGACGAUUAUUAUUACGAUCGGCGUAGCAGAGGAUACAGUCGUUGA